AAAGCGAUUUUGGGCGCCCACAAGGACAAACAACACGCUUUGCCUGCGAAACAGGCCACCAACCCGGUAACAUAUCGAUUGCCAAUGAUACAAGAAAAUCAACGUGCCACUGUGGACCGCAUAAAACCACACCGUCUGCGUCUCCUCGUCAUUCAACCGCUACAUUUUCAGAUAUUACCCUGCUCGUUUUCUCCAUCUCUCCCCGUCAUCUAGCACAAAACCAGCCGACAAUACAGUUGGCGCCGUUAUGUCAGACCUUAACCAACCGGCUCGACCUGCCGUGCUAGUUAGGCCUCCACUGCAUCCCGUUCUUGAUGCCGUCGAAAUACACAUGCCCGUGCCUUUGAACCAGUGGCCCAAACAUGCCAUCAUGGGCACAGCAGAUUACAAGAAACGGCAGGAUUUUCUCAUGACAGACCAUCUGAAGAAGCUUCCUUCGCCUGGAACAAGAGACACGUCUGCUAAAGAUAUGUCGCUGUCUACAAUGUUCAUGCACAAGAUGGCGCAAAUUCAGCACAUCAUACAACUUCAGGGUUCGGCCGCGAAAGAUGAUCCCCGUUACACUUACCUUUACGACGACAUGCGUUUCAAACGUAACAUCUUUUACUGGCGCAAUUUCCGUAUGAAUGACUUGCCACCCGAAAUCAUUACGCACAUCUUCCGCAUCGCUGCUUGGUCAACCAGUACCCCAGCCGAUGGCACACACGUUCGCCUGUUACUUACAUCGGUGUGCACCAAGUGGCGCAGCUUGAUGAUCCAAGACUGCACCCUUUGGAGUGCUAUUUGGUUCCGUGAUCCUCCUCCGUAUCAACGGUCACUGGAGUGGUUUAAGAGAGCAGGUGGUGCACCGCUGGACAUCCGCAUCAACGAACACGAUGCCGACUGGAAGUCCAAAGAUGAUGAUUGGAGAUAUAAAGAGGAUGAUCAUCGGUUCACUGCCGAACAGAUGGAAGAGCUCAUCGACAAAAUCUUUGUCAAAGUCUCUCAGAUUCGCAUGCUUGUGCUUGUUGUUGACAACUGGCCCCCCGCACUCGUAGUCUUGCAAAAGCUGCAGGAAGCGGCCGAGGCUGGGAAGAUCAUCAACAUGGAACGUUUAGAAAUUCAUAGGAUGGGACAACCUUUCGUAUGGCUCGGGCCAGGCUGGCGUUCACCUGCUGUGCUUUUCGGUGGCCAGACCCGGGCCUUGAAAUAUCUCUGCCUCUCCGGCGUUCACAUUGACUGGAACGCGACCCCACUUAGCAACCUGUCUACCAUCGACCUCAGGAAAAUCGCGAUGAACGUUGCGCCGACUUUGAAUCGCUUUCGCGAGGUCCUCAUUGCUUGCCCUCGCUUGCAGAAGCUGUCUUUGGACGGGGCAGGCCCGCAACCCAGCGCUAGAAGGCCUGAUCACGUUCCAAUUAACCUUCCCCACCUGAAGGUUCUCAUCAUAGGCGGCUUCAGCAUGUUGUACUCGUGCUACAUUUUAUCCCAGUUCAAGGCACCCAACGUGCGGGACCUGACAUUAAUGAACCUGACAGGAGAAGAUUAUACGACAAUGAUCGCUGCCAUAACCGGCCGGUUUAGGGAGCUACGACUCCUGACGCUCUACACGGUCAACAUUAGUCCCACGGAGGGGGGGACAAAGGCGAUGGUGAGGUUCCUAAACGCGAUGCCUUACCUGAGUUAUCUGCGGAUCGCCUCCAUGAAGUGGCACAUUAUCGAGGCAUUUAACGAAGACCCACGAGAAUAUGGCCUGGGGAGAGAGACAGCCACACAGUCGCUCCCAGAGAACCGGCCAGUUCUCUGUCCGAACCUUCAGACGAUAGAAUUCCAGCAAAUGUCUGGAACGAAGAUAGCGGAAUGGGCGGCCACGAGGAAGGAGCUAGGCGCCCCGCUGAGGAGGGCCUAUGUGAAUUCUCCAUACGUCAGCCAGAUAACUGCUGCAGAAGCGGGCAUAAUCCAGGAGAUCGUGGGUCUGUUCAUCGCGCCUCUGGGGUCCACAACUCCCGAGGAGAGAGCGUUGGCGACUUGCGACCGUUUUGGAGAGACGAUCUAGCUAAGGGGGAGAUACUUAUUGGAAAGAUAUAUUCUGUAAUGGCAUGCAUAUGUAGGAAACAUCUGUAAUACUUAUACCAAUUACCGCAUAUUAUCGCAAUCUCAUUAAUCCUG